AUGGCUCUAUCCAGGCUGCAGUGGAUUGCUGACAUUCGUGGUGCACUUCCGCCCGAACAGUGUGGUUUCCGUGCCCAUCGCUCCACUGCUGACUGCCUGGCCGCCGUCGUGGGCACCUUGGAACAGGCGAGACGCGACGGACACGCUGCCUACCUGCUGCUGCUGGACGUCAAGAGCGCCUUUGACUCCCUGCCUCACACAACUAUCAUCUCGGCUGUACGCGCCCUUGGUGUGGAGGGCAAACUCCUUGCAUACAUCCAAGCUUUCCUCAGCGACAGGACAUCGGCUGUCCGCGUUGGCCAGGUCAUCAGCUCCCCCCGUCCUGUGACUUGCGGCGUGCCACAAGGGAGUGUGCUCAGCCCAUUUCUCUUUAACCUUGCACUUGCGCCCAUCAGCGAGUGCGUUCGCAACAGUGGGCACCUUCCUGUGCGCGUCGUAGUCUACGCCGACGACGUGGCUCUCUUCGUCCGUGGCCCUCGUUCGGCCAUGGCGGAGAUGCGUCGGCACCUCCAGACGGCUGUUGAUGCGGUCGGCCAUUUCCUUCGUGCCAUUGGCCUCCGCCUGUCGGCGACCAAAUCGGAGGCCCUUAUGGUCCACCCCCGUGCCACCACCCGCCUCCACACUGGCCGCAUCAUCAUCGAUGGUGUCUCCCUUCCUUGGCGACCCAUCGUCCGGUACCUGGGUCUCACCAUCGACCACCGGCUCACGUGGUCCCCGGCGGUGAAACAACUGCGUGCAACCAUGCGCCGUGUCGAAGCCGCAGUGCGUGCACUCCUCGCCCGAGGCGAUGGCUGCUCCCCCUCCUUCGCAGCGGGUAUGUACAAUGCCGUCGCCCUCUCCUGUGUGUUGUACGCGCUGCCGCUCUGUGACCUGCGACCAUCUCAGUGGCGACACAUCGAUGUCGACCAUCGGCGUGUGCUCCGAAUGUGUCACGGCCUCCCCCGAACGUCUCGUGUUGCUGAGACCCUCGCAGAGACCGGCGCCUGGCCCGUCUCCCUUACAGCCGAUCUCCGUGCCCUCGGCCACAUCGAGCGCCUCUCUCGUGCCCCGGGAGCCGGCCCCAUCCUGUCUUGCCUGCGCGAACUUCAUAAGUCUCGAGUGGGGAAACUCCUUGAGCAAUAUGACAGCAUCGUUGUCGACGACCCUGCCACCCCUCCGGACUGGCCACCACCAAACAAGCGUGUGCCUUUGCGAGUGUGCCUCGACCUCCCAGGCGUCCGCUCCAAGCACCGCACGCCUCACUGCGCCAUCGUGCAGGAGGCUGCCUCACGCAUUCAGGACGACCUGGUCGGGAGAGCACACCUUUACACAGACGGCUCUGUGCGUCAGGACGGUUCUGCCGCCGCCGCCUGUGUAGUGCCGCACCUUGACAUCGCCAGACAGUGCCGCCUCUCAUAUCGCGCCUCCUCCACUACGGCUGAGCUUGUCGGGCUCCACCUGGCAGCCGACAUCAUUGAAGAGAUGCCAUUUCUCAACAGAGUGGCAAUUUUUUGCGACUCUAGGGCCGCUCUUCACCAGCUCCUCCUUGACGAACGCGCGCCACUCCUGGCUCAACGAGUAGCCUGCAGACUCCAUACACUGCAACAACAGGGGUGCGACCUCCGCCUCCAGUGGAUACCAUCCCAUGUCGGUAUCGCCGGAAACGAGUCUGCAGACGACAUUGCCAAGCGCGCCCACGAGCCCUCUUCGCCUCUCUUGCUGCGCGUCAACUCUUUCGACACCGCGCGGCGAAACAUCAGACGGGAGCUCGCCCUCCAACACCCGGACAGCCGCGUCGCACAAGAGGGCUUUAGCACAAGAGCGCCCCGCCACGCCCUCUUCCGGAAUCCGGUUUUACGAGAAGAGAGCGCGCGUUCCUCCUCGCCCUGCGGACCGGUUCCGUCUGGCCAAACGAACGAAAACAUCGCCUCCGCGGCGCCCCCUCGCCCCUCUGCCAAGACUGCGGCGCAUCCGAAACGCUGCAACAUCUCCUCUGCGAGUGCCCUGCAUUCUCCACGGCGCGCGCCACCCUCGCCCGCAUCUACCGUGCGCACGGCCUCCCAUGUUCCACAACAGAGGAAAUUCUGCACCCCUCGGGCUGCUCAUCAAGUCACGCGAAGCUCUACCGUGCCCUCCUGUGCUUCGUUGACGACACCGGCCUCACUGGCCGAGUCUAAAUCCUGA